AUGGAAGCAGGGGAAGAUUGCUGCGUCAAGGUCGCGGUUCAUGUUCGACCACUCAUCGCCGAUGAGAAGCUUCAAGGAUGCAAAGACUGCGUCACCGUCGUUUCUGGGAAGCCGCAGUUCCGCAUUCUAGCUACUAUUUUCCUCUUCUGCCAGAGAUCUGGAUCCGAAACUGCUUACGUACAAAUUGGUCCCCACUCCUUUACAUUUGAUCAUGUUUAUGGAAGCACUGGUUCCCCCUCAAGUGCCAUGUUCGAAGAAUGUGCUGCUCCCCUUGUUGAUGGUUUGUUUCAAGGAUAUAAUGGUACUGUUCUGGCAUAUGGUCAGACAGGUUCUGGGAAAACGUACACCAUGGGAACUGGCUUUAAAGAUGGUUGUCAAACGGGAAUAAUACCUCAAGUUAUGAAUGUUUUGUUUAGCAAAAUUGAGACCCUAAAGCACCAAAUUGAUUUUCAGUUGCAUGUGUCUUUUAUUGAGAUUCUUAAAGAAGAAGUAAGAGACUUGCUGGAUCCCUCCUCCAUGAGCAAACCAGAAACUGCAAAUGGACAUUCAGGAAAAAUGACCUCUCCUGGGAAGCCACCAAUACAAAUUCGUGAGACAUCAAACGGUGUUAUCACCCUUGCAGGAUCUACUGAACUCAGUGUAACAACACUAAAAGAAAUGGCUGCUUGCCUGGAACAGGGAUCAUUGAGCAGGGCAACUGGGAGCACAAAUAUGAACAACCAAUCUAGUCGAUCUCAUGCCAUCUUCACCAUCACACUGGAACAAAUGCGAAAGCUGAAUGUUCCUGGUGAUAGCGGUUUAAAUGAUACCAUGAAUGAAGAGUAUCUUUGUGCCAAGUUGCACCUAGUUGAUCUUGCUGGAUCAGAACGAGCUAAAAGAACAGGGUCUGAUGGUCUGCGUUUUAAGGAAGGAGUUCACAUUAACAAAGGCCUUCUAGCACUUGGAAAUGUUAUUAGUGCUCUUGGUGAUGAAAAGAAGCGAAAGGAAGGCGUUCAUGUUCCUUAUAGGGAUAGUAAACUUACUAGGCUUUUGCAGGAUUCACUAGGAGGUAACAGCAGAACUGUCAUGAUUGCCUGCAUAAGUCCUGCUGAUAUUAAUGCUGAGGAAACCCUUAACACUUUGAAGUACGCCAAUCGUGCACGCAAUAUCCAAAAUAAACCUGUUAUCAAUAGAGAUCCCAUGUCCAAUGAGAUGUUAAAAAUGCGACAACAACUAGAGUAUUUGCAGGCAGAACUUUGUGCUCGAGCUGGUGGUUCUUCUGAAGAAGUUCAGGUCCUUAAGGAAAGGAUAGCUUGGCUUGAAGCUGCUAAUGAAGAUCUUUGCCGUGAACUUCAUGAAUACCGUAGUAGAUGCUCUAUUGUAGAACCAGGUGAAAGGGAAGCUUAUGAUGGUAACACAUACAUUGUGAAGACUGAUGCAAUUAAGAGGAGCUUACCUAUCAUAGAAGCUGAGUAUCCAAUGAGUGAAACAGUGGCAGGUGAUUCAAGGGAAAUUGAAGAAGUAACAAAAGAGUGGGAGCACACACUUCUGCAGAAUAGUAUGGAUAGAGAGUUGCAUGAAUUGAAUAAACGUUUGCAGCAGAAAGAGUCUGAGAUGAAGCUUUUUGGAAUAUCUGAUGCUGAAGUACUCAAGCAACAUUUUGGAAGAAAGAUAAUGGAAUUGGAAGAUGAGAAGAGAGUAGUGCAGCGAGAGAGAGAUUGUCUUUUGGCUGAAGUUGAAAAUCUUGCUGCCAAUUCUGAUGGACAAACACAGAAAUUAGAGGAUAUUCAUGCCCAAAAAUUGAAAGCACUUGAAGCACAGAUUCUGGAUCUGAAGAAAAAGCAAGAGAGUCAGGUCCAGCUUCUGAAGCAAAAGCAAAAAAGUGAUGAAGCAGCAAAGAGACUGCAAGAUGAAAUACAGUGUAUAAAGGCCCAAAAGGUUCAAUUGCAGCAAAGGAUAAAACAAGAAGCAGAACAGUUUCGGCAGUGGAAGGCUUCAAGAGAGAAAGAGUUGUUGCAAGUACUUCAGAGAAAAACUGAAGAAGCUGCUAUGGCCACCAAGAGGUUAAAGGAGUUGUUAGAAGCACGUAAAACUUCCAGCCGAGAGACUUCAGUUACAAUGAAUGGAAGUGGAACAAAUGGUCAGAGCAAUGAGAAGUCUUUACAACGGUGGCUUGAUCAUGAACUAGAAGUCAUGGUAAAAGAGCAUGAAGUCCGUUUUGAGUACGAGAAACAGAGCCAAGUGCGAGCUGCCCUUGCAGAGGAAUUAGCCAUGCUGAAGCAAGUAAAUGAGUUUGCUGCAAAGGGUCUCAGUCCACCAAGAAAGAAUGGAUUUGCCAGGGCAUCCUCCAUGUCACCAAAUGCAAGAAUGGCUAGAAUAGCUUCACUUGAGAACAUGCUGAGUAUAUCAUCUAAUUCGCUUGUCGCAAUGGCUUCUCAACUUUCUGAGGCAGAAGAACGAGAACGGGCCUUCUCUAAUCGUGGACGCUGGAAUCAAUUGCGCUCAAUGGGAGAAGCCAAGAAUUUACUUCAAUAUAUGUUUAAUUCUGUUGCAGAUGCUAGGUGCCAACUCUGGGAGAAGGACAUGGAGAUCAGGGAAAUGAAAGAUCAAAUAAAAGAACUUGUUGGUCUCUUACGGCAAAGUGAGAUGAAGAGAAAAGAAGUUGAGAAGGAGCUAAAAGUGAGAGAGCAAGCUAUUGGAAGCACAUUGGCUGCACCACCUUCGGGGGACUCCCCAAAUCCAUUGAAACAACAUCCUGAAGACAUGAAGGGGCCCUUAUCUCCAGUGUCUAUGCCAGUGCCUAAACAGCUAAAAUACACGCCAGGGAUUGCCAAUGGUUUGGUAAGGGAAUCAGCAGCAUUUGUAGACCAGGGUAGAAGGAUGAUACCCAUGGGACAGCUGUCAAUGAAAAAACUAGCAAUGGUAGGACAAGCUUCUGGAAAGUUAUGGAGAUGGAAAAGAAGUCAUCAUCAGUGGCUGCUACAAUUCAAGUGGAAAUGGCAAAAACCAUGGAGACUUUCAGAAUGGAUACGACAUAGUGAUGAGACGAUCAUGAAAACAAAACCACGCUCACAAGUUUUGCCACGUAUCAGGUGA